AUGCCCCUCUCACGCAACUACGAGCCAGUGCCCAAGGCGGACACCGAUGGAGACAGCGAUGUCACCCUCACAAACCGUCAAACCCGCCGAGGAGUCCCCGGAUUCCUGAAAAGAAACCUUGCCGCAAUCACGAUUACCGGUCUCCUGGUAGUGUUGAUGAUGCUGGUCGUCGCAGUGAUCACAUCAAUCACCGUGGAACCUUUCCGCCAAAUCCUUGUUGUGAAAACACCCGCUCCUCUCGCUACCGGACACACCGGACACACCGGACACGCCGGAGACGCCGUCUAUCCCAUUGAGCUCGAAGGCCAGCGGCAAUGUCUCCCGACGAAAUCACGCACAACAUACUCGUGUGGCAACUCUACCACUGAGGCCGAAGAGCGCGGCUGCGCCUAUGACCCUCUGGCUGGCUGUUGGCUUCACAAGGAGUGUCCCCGGGACUUCACUCAUGAGUUCGCGACAUUCAAUAAUGGACAGCCGUUUGUCUACUAUUAUGAUGAGGCCAUGACACAGCAGAUGAAAGACUACGAUGAGGUCGGUCGCAAUCCGGAUCGCUAUUGGACCUCUAUUCGCGAGCAUCUGGUUCAUUGUCUGUAUCUACUGAGAAGGGGCCAUGAGGUUCACAUGAGAGGUGAUCGCCUUGAUACUAUGCUCGGGGACCUGGAGCAUGUUGAUCACUGUACCAACAUGUUGGCGGACUGGCUGCGGAGGGAUGAUCCUGUAUUGGAUCAUGUGGGCACUUCGGGUUUCACUCAUUGUUUCAUGUCUUUCACCAGCAGCACCCGCCGCCCCCGUCUCAACCCCACCAUCACACAGUACGUCUAUGACGUCCUCUCCGCCGAUCCCAUCAUCCCCACAAACCACAGCACAAACCCCGACACCGAUCCCCGGCACAUAACCCUCGAGAUCAUCGACCUCUCAAGCCAGAAUCUCCCCCUCUACGACGAAUCCAUCAUUCCCGCCAGCCUCCCAGCCGCAGACCCAACGCCACACUACAGCAAAGCACACACAAGGGCAUGGUCGGCUGUGGUGCGCCAGUACGAUGCCUUCAUCUUCGUGACGCCGCAGUAUAACUGGAGUAUACCGGCUAGUUUGAAGAAUGCGCUGGAUUACUUGUUCUUUGAGUGGGUGGGGAAGCCGGCUGGGAUUGUUUCGUAUGGGUCUAGGGGUGGUGGAAAGGCGGCGGAGCAUUUGAGGGGGGUUUUGACGGGGUUGAGGAUGAGGGUUGUUGGCACGGCGCCGGGAUUGUCGGUCAAGUUUACGGGGGUGUCGGGGGAGAAGGUUGAGUUGGAUGAGAGGGAUGUUGCUGGGUGGACGGGGGCGGGGAUUCCUGGUAUGAUGCGGAAUAUGGGGAUGGAGUUGGUUUGUGAGUUGGAUAAGUAG